CCCGGAUGUGUGACGUCACACCUCGGGUUCAAAAUCAUCUAAGGACAUGACUUGUUAGUGACCGAAGCUGUCUUUCCAGGCGCUGUAACUAAAGAGUCACUCCAUUCUAACCAUGCUGGCACGUUUCUGUAGCAGCACGACGGUCUCUGCUCUCCACGCUCUUCGCGGCAACCGAGUUUUUCUCUUCGGACAGCUGCAAAGAUGUCUGUCAACGCAAACAGACGGAGAGGUCCGCAUCGCCAGCAUACUGAGGGAGAAGUUUCCAUUGGCGUCAUCGCUCAAAGUUAGGGAUAUAUCAGGUGGCUGUGGGGCCAUGUAUGAAAUCCACAUAGAGUCCAGUGAAUUUAAAGGAAAGAAAACUGUUCAGCAACAUCAGCUGGUCAACCAGGCACUUAAAGAUGAGAUCCAAGGAAUGCACGGUCUCCGAAUAUUCACUGAAGUCCCAAAUCAGUAGACUAAGUCCUUCAACUCUUGACACACAUUUUGUUCAUCUUUUGUUCACACAAAUGCAAAGAAAUAUUUGUUGCUAAAUGAGUUUUAUCAUCUUUGACAACUGUACAGUGUUGGAAAAAAAUGUGAAACUGAUGUAAGAUUACACAGAUGUUUUUUUUUUCCUCUGAAAUAAUAUAUUCAACCAGUGAAGGCUGCAAGACGCACAAAAAAAGGCCAGAUAAAAUGUUUCCACAACAUCAAGUCAUGUUGAAACCGUCCCUGUCUGGAGUUUUCUCAGGAUAAGUAUAAACAGAAACUGUUCAGCAACCAAAGUAAACUGCUUAUUAUUACUUUAACAAGUGUGGCUUUAAACCGGGAGGAGAUGUUGUUUUUAUGACCGUCUGACGAAAGUGUAUCGAUGAAUGUCAAAUAAAAAUGUGAUUCUAUUCUGAAA